AUGGCUAACCUAUUGGAGGCCAUAACGGAUCCCAAGACCACAUCGACCGGUGAUGUCGUCGACAAGCAAUCCAUGGAUGAGUUGAUAGCAAACGGAUUGUACGCCAAAGCCAUCCGCGGUCUCAGCCAUCGGAUCAACACUGAGUACAAGACAAUUGGCGCACAAAAUGGCGGCGAAUCGGUGGACCGACUGCACCGGUAUCUGCUGUUGAGGUCGUAUUGCUAUUACAAGUCACGUGUGGGUAAUGAGAGCCUCGAGUUGGCCAUCGAUGACGCCAUGGAAGCCAUCGGUGUCGCAGAUAAUCGCUUCCAAUCCUAUCUCAUGGGCGCUUUAAUACUCUUCGAGUGGAACCGAUUGGAGGACUGUCUGGAGAUGUUGGAGAAGUGCCUGAGACUCAACCCAUACAUGUCUCGCGUAUUGAAUCCGCGGAUUGUUUACCUGAAGUACAAGAUAUUGACUGAAAUCAUGGGCUUCCCCGAAGAGGUGUCCCUCAGGACUGCCAUUCAGUACCGAUAUCUCAACGAAUGCGUGGCGCGGAUGCGGAUGAAUGACUUGAGCGCCGACUCCAUUGACAACGACUUCAAUAUCUUGAGGCUUAUCGACGACUCAGAAGAAGCGGACAAUCAAUUGGUUCUCAAUAUUAAGAAUUCAAUGACCCAUUGCUUGGACUCAUCGACCGCUUCACCAUCACUAGUGGACUCAUUCGGUGAUAACCUCUCCACCGAUGACAACAACCACUCGACUAACCAUUCAAUAGAUCCCUUUCUAUGGCCGGCGUUAUCCAUGACUACCGGUCCGACGAUCAACCACUACGGCGCCGGCGAUCAUCACCCGGCGCUCCGACAACAGCAGUCAAUCGGUGGCCAUACGUCCACACCAUUCCCUACCGGAGCGCUCAAUCGCACCGUACACUCCAUGCCCGCCGGUGACCACCAAUCUGUGGACAGGGAGUCGAUCAUCGCUGACAACGUCUCAGAGAGUGGACAGUCGUCGCUGGACUUGGAGUUCAAGGAACUGCUGGUGAACACAGCACCGGUAGAGCAGCCGUGGAUACGCGUGAAGAGUAAAUGGCGUUCAAUACAGCAUUGGGUGGACGAGAGCGCCGGUAGUACUACCGGCGCCGGCAAACUGUGCUCAUUCGACGACCGCAUCUCGCACUCACAGACAGCGGCGGCACCGGUAGCUAAUUCAUCGCCCGUUAAAAGCCGGCAGAAGCUCGAGCGCCGGGAGUCCACGUCGAGCGUCAGCAGCAGUCACACCGUACAGUCAUCGGCGACGGCACCGGUAGCCGGCAAGCCCUCGCACGAGACCAAGGGCUACGUGAGCGGACCGGUGACUAACCUACUGAAACUCCGGGGCGUAUACGUGGGUCACCUCAAGACUAACUGUCCCCAGAAGGCGCUGCUGGACGUGUUCAAGCGGUACGGAUCGGUAGUCGACUUCUACCAGCCCUCCGGCGAGUGCUACGCCUUUGUCCACUACAAGAUCGCUGAGUCGGCCACACAGUUGGUGCACGACUGGAACGGUAGGGAGUGGGCGGAGGCGUGUAUGCCGGGCCGCAAAGUGAUCGCCCGGUUCACCGCCAGUCAGGACCAGAUGUCUAAAUACAAUGCCAUGAGUUAUGGCGAGUAUAAGAAGCGGUGCGUAGAGGAGCCGCACCGGGAGUGCGACCGGUGGCGGUCCGGCAAGAGGUGUCCCUACGAUAGGCAGUGCCCCUACAGGCAUGUGUUGGCUAAUAGGUCGGUGGAUACCCUACCGGAUAAGCGUAAGAGUAAGUGGAAGGUGUGA